AGCUGCGAUAAGUUCCACCGCAGCUAGUGCUCUGGGUGGUCAGCUGGAGGCUGAGUUCGGCGGUGCCGUCGGCUUCACCGCAGCGUUUCCCAGCCGGGUGUCUCGCCGCAGCCUCGGGAGAGGAGACGGACCUCUCCUUCCUCUGUCAGAGACAUGUCUGCUCCAGCUCAGCCGCCCACCGAAGGGGCAGAAGGGGCUGCCCCAGGUGGGGGUCCCCCCGGCCCUCCUCCUAAUCUGACCAGUAACAGACGACUGCAGCAAACCCAGGCACAAGUGGAGGAGGUGGUGGACAUCAUGCGUGUGAAUGUGGACAAGGUCCUGGAGAGGGACCAGAUACUGUCAGAGCUGGAUGACCGAGCCGACGCUUUGCAGGCGGGAGCGUCACAAUUUGAGAGCAGCGCUGCCAAGCUAAAGAGGAAGUAUUGGUGGAAAAACUGCAAGAUGAUGAUCAUGCUGGGAGCUAUCUGUGCCAUCAUCGUGGUAGUUAUUGUAAUCUACUUUUUUACUUGAGAAUGUGCUGCCCCCUCCCUGUCCUCCAUUGCCACCCAAACUCACGUCCUUCUCCCUCUGUGUCUCCCCAGAACAUUCCCAUCCGCCUUCCUCCAUCCCAGCCUUGCUUCUCCAUCGCCCACUCCUUCUCUUCUGUUGCUUUCAUUUGCACUCGGUCCCGCAACACUAGAAAUGCUGCUCGUGGCACAGUCUGGAAGUCACCACCUGAAGAAGGGUGGCUGGUGUCUCCUUCCUACCCUCUCAUGUUCUUUCAAGUUUCCCCAAAGCCAAAAAGGGUAGGAGCCCAAGGGGCAGGGAAGGGGUGUCGCUGAGGUGUCGUGCCCAAGAAGGUGGCAGGACUGGGGAGGGAGAAGAGUGUCAUGCCCGUGGUGUUGCCGCUGGCUGGAGGGGGCUGAGGACAGCUGGGAGAAUGCCCCGGCCACUCGGAGCCCUGCUCCUGUGCCAGGCCUGAGGAGGACCCUGGGGCAGCCUAAAGUCCAACUUGGUCCUGGUGCAAGACCCUUUAUAAAGUCAAACCUGUUUUUUUGCAGUUAGUUCCAAUCUGUUGAUCCAAGAUUUUCUAUGUCUUCAGGGAUCUUACAGCCUUCUACUCUGUCCUCCAGAGACCCAGAGAACACGUAUUUAUGGCAAAAAUGCCAGGACUCUCAUUCCAUCCUAGAAGCGGUGCCACAGGCUCACACCUGGGAAGGGCUGUCCCUUGUCCACGUUUUCU